AUGAUGAUGAUGCGGCCUGACGCUGGAAGACGGGGAGAUCGCCAUGAGGUGACACGUAGUCAAUGGGAGAUGCAUAACUCCGUCAUCACGGAUGACGCGUUUUUAUUCCCCAAAAUGGAGCUCAUGGAGGAGCUGCACAAAACACAGCCGUGGAAGAAGUCACCGCGCUAUUUCCAACGCGUGAAGGUUUCUGUUCUCGCGGCGCUGCAGAUGAUGAUCCACGCGAAACGUGGAAGCCCCAACGUGACGUGCUCCAACGGCAGUGGCGUUGCUGACUCUUCUGCGGCAUCCAUGCGAAAUGAGCCGAGCCGCGAGAAUUGGUUUGAGGUGAUGGUUCUCAUGCUGGGCCACUUUAACGAGGAUGAAAUGAUUGUCACGAGUGCCUUUGCUCUCCCAGUCGAUGCCUCCGAGGUGGAGUGUUCCAUGAAUGACGCCUCCCAGUUGUACAUGCUUGACUUCCUUCAGUACCAUCAGCGCGGCGGGACGCAGGAAGGCUGCAUCGGGUGGUACCACAGCCACCCUGGCUACACCUGUUUCCUUUCUGGCACAGAUGUUAACACGCAGCAGCUUGGACAAACUGCACAAGACCCGUGGCUGGCUAUUGUCGUUGACCCUGUGCGCACCAUCUCGACUGGCAAGUUGGAUAUGAAGGCUUUUCGUACGUUUCCAGAGAAAUACGUGGCAGAGCAACAGGGGACAAGUCAACACACACAAGGAAAGCAUUGGGAAGGGUCCACGACAUCUACGUGGGUGCCUUCUGAGCGUAUCAGGGAGUACGGAGUACAUGCACACCGCUACUAUGAGCUGCCCAUUACUCUCGUGCGUAGCAAAGACGAUGAGGCACAAUUGGAGUGUUUGUGGUCGCGUUACUGGGCACUGACAUUCUGUUCCAACCUCUUCACUGCGAAUCGAAAGCUCAUGACAAAACAGAUCCACCAAUUGGCUGAAGUGCUUGAAAGUGGCGUGGCAAGUCGACAUCAAACGAUGAUGAAGGGGGAUGGGUAUUUGCCUGGUCAUAAAUUAGGGAGUCAGCACCAACGUAAAGGCGGUGGUGCGGUGGAUGACGAGACACCCGAUGGUGUUGAAGCGUUUAAGCAAAGGAGCCUUCAUGUGCGUUACUUGACGUCUUCUUUGACAUCAGAGGCGGCGUCGGGGGGGAACACUGCUGGUGGUCAAAAAUUCCGUCUUUCGAGCAUGAUUUUUCUUUUAGUUUUAGCGCGUGUAUUUUUAUCUUUUUAA